UUUGGCUGCCUAACGCUCAAGAAAGCUCCGAGAUCGCUUGUCGCGCUAGCUCGAGAAGACCCGCCGUCCUCUCGCCUCACUAGUUCGCCACCGUACGCUUGGAUCUUGACUGUUCAGCUCGUUGGACCCCCACAAGAUCCCACCCGAGACCGACCAACCCAACACCCUUGGGGCCAGCACGCCCCUCCACACUCGCCGCUUGGUGUUUGAUUUCAACGUUGAACCUGAGUGGUUUCCUUGCCGAUAGCAUCGCUUACGUAAAAUGAUUCGAGCCUCUUUGCCCUUUACUCGCCUGCCUGGUCUGGUGACAAGGGGCUGCUUUAAGUUCAAGACCGCCCCUGUUCAUGGCGCUGCGUUCUAUUCCUCUAGUGGACCCUCCACGGUUGCCGCACGGUCAGCCCGUGCUGGGGCUGCCGUCGCUGGUGACCGUCUUCGCGCUGCGAAAGCACUUGGUAGCGCAGGAGCCGGGUCCGCUCCGUACCACUCGUCCGCCGUCGCGAUCGACGUUGCGGACGACGUGCCCCCCGUCGCGCUUCACGCCGCAUCCUCGAUCGUUGCCAAGAAAUCUGUGCUCAACAAAUUGUGGCAGCAUAUCGAAACCGGCGAAGAAAACGCGUUUUACGUCGUCGACACGUCUGCUGUCGAAGACCGAUUCAACCUCUGGAUGAAGUACCUCCCGUACGUCAAGCCGUACUAUGCCGUCAAGUGCAACCCGGACCCGAGCAUCCUCAAGACGCUCGCGCGGCUCGGGACCGGCUUUGACUGCGCGUCGCAAGCGGAAAUCCAAGAAGUUCUCAAGCUUGGCGUCGACCCGCGUUCGAUCAUUUACGCCAAUCCGUGCAAACAACCUUCGCACAUUGCGUUUGCGGCGCAGCAAAAGAUCGACUUUAUGACGUUCGAUGGAUGCGACGAACUCACCAAGAUGAAGCGCAUCGACCCCGAUGCCCGCGUCGUGCUUCGGCUGUUUGUCGAUGACUCGCACUCGCAAUGCCCGCUGGGCACCAAGUUUGGCGCGGUGCUCAACGACAUUCCGGCCAUUCUAAAGCACGCCAAGGCCAUUGGCUCCAACGUGGUGGGUGUGAGCUUCCACGUCGGCAGCGGCUGCUCCGACGCCUCGGCGUACACGGACGCCGUCGUCCGCGCGAAGAAGGUGUUUGACAUCGGCGCGUCGCUCGGGUUCAACUUUGAGCUCCUCGAUAUUGGUGGCGGCUUUCCAGGCGAUGCUAACGCCCCCAUCGCCUUUGAAGAUAUCGCGGCCACAUUGAGCAUGGCGCUGUCGACGCAUUUUCCCCAGUCGUCCGGCGUCAAGAUCAUCUCGGAACCCGGUCGCUUCUUUGCUGCCACGAGCCACACGCUCGCCGUGAACGUGAUCGGACGCAAGCUCGCGCCUAAUUCGCUCGCGGCGCCCGCCUCCCAUUCCUCGGCCGCCAAGGCUGCCCUCGGCCAUCGCGCCCUCCACGCAGGGUCGGACCCUUACUACAUGUAUUUUGUCAACGACGGGCUGUACGGAUCGUUCAACUGCUUGCUCUAUGACCACGCCGCCGUCCAUCCGGUCGCCCUUGGCGCCGAACUAGAGUCGGCGACGUACUCGUCGAGCAUUUGGGGCCCCACGUGCGACGGUUUGGACUGCAUUGCCAAGGACAUUGACAUGCCUGUCUUGGACAUUGGGCAAUGGAUUUACUUUGCCAACAUGGGCGCGUACACGUCCGCGGCGGGAUCGCAUUUCAAUGGAUUUGCUCCCCCCGAGAAGAUUUACUUCGAUUUCCACGAAGACGACGCCGCCGAAGACGCCGCGUCCCGUUGAGUCGGGGAUGCCAUGCGCCCUUCGUUUUUGUUGCAUGCAUGACGAUGUAUGCCCACGUAAUUGUUGAGAUAACGCGGCGUCGUUUCAAGCCUUUCUCUUCACUGUGUGCAUGCAUGUCCAUGGAAGCCUCGGC